CCGUUGCCGGAGAGCGGGGCUGGAGCAGGCGGGGAGAAGCUUCCUGGGGUCCCCGCGGGUCCCUCCUGGGCAGCCCGUCUGUCAGUCCGGCGCUCUGCGUGAGCGCUCCCCCUGCCUGGGAGGCUGCUGAGCUUGCAGAGAGUGUACUGAAGCAUGUUUUUACCAAGAUCUGUUAAAGUCAAGAGAACUGCUGAUGAGGACAAAAGCUGUACAGCUAAGAAAAAUAANUGGCCUGUGGUGGGGACGGCUGGUGGCUUGGGGAUGUGCCUCUGGGGGUGCAUGCCGGGGCCCUGUUUCACUCACAGGGAGGAGCUGGUAAUAUGGGGCCCGAGUGCAUCCUCCUGCCUGUGGGGAAGCUGUGUCGGAGAAGAGAGGAAGAGGCGUCGAUGGCGUGGGACGGCGGGGCCGCCGUGGGAAGGUGCUGAGGAGAGGCCAACUGAACUUGCGGGGUGGUGCAGAGAUGUGGGGUGGAAGGAGUUGGAGCUUCUUAGUGCCAACUGUGUCCUCCUGCCUCCUCAGGAGCCAUCGGACAAGACAGCAGAGGCCCGGAGUGGGACGGCGAGGCAAGAGCGGUGUACUGAAGCAUGUUUUUACCAAGAUCUGUUACAAGUCAAGAGAACUGCUGAUGAGGACAAAAGCUGUACAGCUAAGAAAAAUAAACUGUCUUCUGGAGGACCUUUGCUAGAGGACAACACUGAAUUCCAAGACUGUAAAUCAGUUAGAGCAGAAACUCCUGCUUCAACGUGCAGUUUGAAUGACAUUGUACAAGAACACUCAGAACCUGUAGCUGGAGACCUUGGUGCCACUAAUACAACGUUGGGAAAGGACAGCCAAAAUACUGGGGAAGACAGCUCUUUGGAAGAACCCAUAAAAUCCUUCAGCAAAUCCCAGCGCUGGGCAGAACCCGGAGAACCUGUGUGUGUUGUGUGCGGUCGCUAUGGAGAGUAUAUCUGCGAUGAAACGGAUGAAGAUGUUUGUAGUUUGGAAUGGAAGACAGAAACCACAUCUGCCCUUAUUUUGGCACCAACAAGGGAGCUGGCGAUUCAGAUAGAGAGACAAGCUAAGGAGCUGAUGGCUGGUUUACCAAACAUGAGAACAGUUCUCCUGGUGGGAGGUUUGCCACUGCCUCCACAGCUUCACCGGCUCAAGCAAAGUGUGAAGGUUAUAAUAGCAAUGCCUGGAAGACUUCUUGAGAUUUUAAAGCAGAGUUCUGUUCAACUGCAUGGCAUAAAAAUUGUAGUGGCGGAUGAAGUGGAUACCAUGUUAAAAAUGGGUUUCCAGCAGCAAGUGCUGGAUAUUUUGGAAGACAUCUCUCACGAUCAUCAAACCAUACUGGUGUCAGCCACGAUUCCAGUGGGCAUUGAACACUUGGCAAAUCAGCUUCUGCACAAUUUUGUAAGAAUAACAAUUGGAGAAAAGAAUCUGCCGUGUUCCAAUGUUCGCCAAAUUAUCCUGUGGGUAGAAGAACCAUCUAAAAAGAAAAAGCUGUUUGAAAUACUAAAUGGCUAUUGGAAGGACUUCCAUUUAGUAUUGAUAACUUACAAUUCAUUUAUGCCUUUUCAGGUUGGAAGAGCAGGAAGGUUGGGUCACAGUGGAACUGCAAUUACUUUUAUCAAUAACAACAGCAAGAAGCUCUUCUGGGAUGUUGUGAAAAGAGUAAAACCUACAGGCACCAUUCUUCCCCCACAGCUUCUUAAUUCCCCAUAUCUGCAUGACCAAAGGAGAAGGGAACAACAGAGACUUAAACAAUUACAGAAUAGCCUUGUAACAGGAGAUAAUGUUAUGGACCUUAUUAGAAAACACAACAGAAAUAAUUCUCAGAGGUAAUAAAGAUAUAUUUAUAGUUAUGUAAUUACAACGAAACUAUAAUUAAAAAUAAACAUGAAAUUAUGCUUUGUGUAUUGCGGUUUUUAAAGAAGUUUGGCAGUUUUUUAAGGAGAGUCAUUUUUAUCUUUAUUUUGAAGUACAGACUGUAUGUUUGAGUUACAAUAGUGCCUAGUAAAAAUACUCUAACCCUGCUAU